GCUUCGUUCCCUCGUUAUAAAAGGGCAGCUCCCCUUCGCCUCACUCCCACACCACCUCAACGCCACUUCCCCACUUGCCUCUACCAAUUCACACACCACACCACACAAAAAUUAUUGCCUCCUGUUUCGCGACACCAUUCUGACCAAUUCUUGCCCUGCCAUCCACCACUUCGUGCAAUUAAUUGUAGAACAACUUGUGGCGAGAAAGUGCGAGAGAUGGAGAGCGUGGACGGCAAUGGAGGCAGCCGGCUGGUGGUGGCGGAACUGAGCCACAUCAAGGAGCUAGUGAGGCAGCUGGAGGUGCACCUGGGCGGGUCGCCCGACCUGUGCAAGCGCCUGGCCUCGCAGAUCUUCUCCCUUGCCGAAAGGUCCAUCGGCAUGAUCACCUCCUCCAAUCUCGACAACGGCCGGAAGCGGUCCGCGGCGGACGCCGGUCUCGCCCCGGCGACGCCCAGCCCCUUCAGCAACGCCUCUGACGUCCCUUUCAAGACGACCAAGAAGAGGAAGACGAUGGAGACGAGGAAGCAUCAGGUGAGGGUGAGCUCGGCGGGAGGCGGCGAGAACCCCGUCGACGACGGCCACAGCUGGAGGAAGUACGGCCAGAAAGAGAUCCUUGGAGCCAAGCACCCAAGGGCCUACUACCGAUGCACGCACCGCCACUCUCAGGGAUGUGCGGCGACUAAGCAGGUGCAGCUCACCGACGAGGACCCGACACUCUUCGACGUGAUCUACCACGGCGAGCACACCUGCGUUCAGAGGGCGGCGGCGGCAGGUCAGGCUGCCGCGACCACGCAGCCGCCGGAGCGCAACACGGACCCACAAAGCCUCCUGCAGAGCCUAAGCGCGAGCCCGACGGUGAAUACCGAAGGGUUGGCCGUGCCGGCGAGAGGAUGCCUCGUGCCGGAGCUCAGCCCGUUCACUAGGCCAGAGACGCCGGAAGACUGGGGCGUGUCCCCGGCGACCUCGGACUCGAACCACGCGGCCUGCUUCGCGCCGUUCGAGGCGGCCGCCGGAGAGGCCGAAUGGCUAGCGCAGUCCGAGCUGCAAGAACUGGUGUCCGCGCUCGUCGAGGCCGCGACGAGCGGCCCGGAGCCCCCCGUGGACUUGGACUUCGCCGACGAGUUCCUCAACCUCGAUCCAAGCAUCGAAAACCUCGAUCAAAGCAUUUUAAGUUACUUUGCCAAUCCUUACGCAGCUGAUGAACAAUAGGGAAUUAAAUCAUCUGAUUAUGUGACCGCCCCUCUGGCUAUGGCGUUUGUCCAGGAGCAGAGGAAGGAAGAGCACGAGAUCUGCUUCCUGGGUCAGUGCAUUUGUAAUGUAGACAGGAGUGUUAGGGCUGUAAUAUAGACAAACAUGAUGCUUAUAGGUGUAAUUCAGACAUUUUUCUUAAUGUAUUGACAGACCAAACUUCAGUUGUAUUUAAGUUUAUUGAAAACAUUCGGUGGUAUACUGUA